AUGGAUGCUUUUGCGAUGAAGUUCAAGACCAUUAUGCAGAUAAGUACUGUGAAAAAGCCUCUUUAUGGGGAGAAAUAUGGAAAUGCAAGGAAUGGCUGCACAUAUAAAUGUGGAUGUGGAAGGGAAAGAAAAACCGUUAUUGCUGCAAAGCCCAAAGUGGAGAAUAUUCAGCAUGAAUGA